GUGCUUCAAAACUGACCACCUCUAAAGCCAGCACAAAUAUUGCCAUUGGAGAAACAGUGGAAAAAGCUGGUAGUGCAAGUGCCGCAGACGGGAGCGGGGUCAGAUCUGUCGUUGGAAUCCUCACAAGAAAACCUUCACCCUUGAAAGAUCUGGCCAUUGGCAGAAAAUCUAGCAGCAAUAUGCCUGUCACUAAUUCAUCAGGGAGUGACCCAGGUCUCACUGAUGCUCGAAAUCAGCUGCGAAGGAGGAGACGAACAUCAGGUACACCAGCUGAGCCUGUGGAGUCAAAUAAAAGCAGAAGUGUGCCCACCACACUUGGCUUGGGUCAGUCAGAAAACAAAGGCACACACAUCAGCUCCUCAGAAAAUGAAACAGGUGGAGCUCACACACCUGAAGGAUCGAACAAGGCCACUGUGAGUUCUGAAGAGUGGGAGGAUAGAAUGCAGUCAGAUGAAACAACUUCCUCAGCAUAUUCCAGUAACAAUGAUGAGGUGGACUCUGAAGGGAAAUCAGAAGAAGAGAAGACUGAAUACACAACUAGCACUCUCCAUGUCAUCAACUUACUGCAACCUGGAAUGCACCGCCGCUGCCUCCCUCCGUUCCGACAG